UAUAGCUCUGAGCAUUAUUUCUGGUUCUGCAUAUUAAAACUUAAUGCAUGACAACCAAUUGCGUUGAGCCUCAUUGAAGUCAAACAUUCCAGGACGUGUCCUUAUAUGCACCAUGUUUCAAUAUGAUUGUAUAUUAUGUUAUUAAGUAUGCACUUGCUAUUUGAAGAGUUUUCAACCCACAUUGAGACUUGUGUUGACUCACUGAGGUUUAGUUUGAUUUAUCCCCUUCUUGUUGGCUCAGUGCAUGUCGACAAUCAGGGUUCAAAAGUCUCAUUAGUUUUGGUUGAAGCUAUGUGUCAGUUCAGUUUACAUUAGACAAUAAAUCUUGGACAAGAAAUACUUGUCACACCACCCUCUUUGAUUCUGAGUUCCGUGGCUAACCACCAAGCCACUGUACAAACACUGGCUGCCACCUCACACACACACACACCGCCUUGAUUUCACCACUUCCUCUGCCCUUAUCAUUUUGUCACUUUUUUCACUUUAUCCUACUCUUCUCUAAGUAAACACCCUUCUCUCUCUCUCUCUCUCUCUCUCUCCAUUCUUCAACACCCACUGACGGACCGCAUCCAUACUCAGCUGACAAGAACGCACUGAGUGUGGAGUGUCAGAACCAUGUGCAACCGAUCCCUCCUCUUUCUUUUUUUUCAUGUGCUUUCCUCCUCUUCCCACAUGAGUCCUGGAUUCACACCAGCUUGACUCACUUUGGUACUGGUUAGUACCGCUGUCUGACCUGCCCCCUCAAUUUACAUGCUCACCCACUCACCAACUCUCUGUCACACACACACACACUCAUCCAGAUUGGCCCCUGAGGGUCCCUCCACUUCCCGCUCUACAAGUCCCUCCAGCAUUGUGAAACAGGAGCGCCAUCCCAGUUGUCUACAAACCAAUAGGAAUGUUUGGCUACCAAUUCUUUUAAUGUUUUCAAGAUGGCUUUGACUCUUAUAAGGAAAUCCCCCAAGUUUAGUAGCCAUUUGAAAUUCCUGCUCCUUUUUUACAGCGAGGAAGUGUUUUCUGAGUCACGGCGUGUGCCCCAGUCUGUCCGAGGCUAGGGAGCUUGGAAGAGAGCUUGUGGUGUUACCUUUCGCUACACGAGUAUCGUACGAGGUGCCGAGGCUCUUAUGAGAGUCUGAGGUUCUGCUUUCUUGAACUCCACAUCUAACAUCUGUUUUCUAUAAAGGAUAAAGAACAGAGGACUCAAGUGACCCUUACGGGAUGUUUUUACUGGGCAGUGGACUGAUGGGGAACUCCUCAGCCUCCUUCAUGGGGACUUUCCUGGCCAGCAGUCUAGGCUCUCCUCCCUCACAUCCACCGCACCCCUCUAGACCACCGUCCUCUCCCUCGUCUCCACCUUAUCGCGGGGGUCCUCACUCCAGCGCCUCUCAGAUCUGGUUUCCCCACUCACAUGAAGCAGUCCCAGGGUAUCCUCGCUUCUCAGGGAGUCUAGCCCACACCUUUCUUCCCAUAAGCCAUUUGGAUCACCAUGCCAACAGUGGGGUCCUCUAUGGACAGCAUCGUUUUUAUGAUACACAAAAAGAGAACUUCUAUUUAAGAAGCCUCCCGUCCCAGCCCCCACUCAUCUCAGCCAACCACAACAUCCAGCCGAUGUCAAGGACAGGAUCGGGACAACCCCAGGGUUCAUGCAGCAGGGACAGAGAUGCAGGAAGUGGGAUGAACCUACAAAAGGGUCUUAAAGAGCCUAAUUUGGAGAGAGGUGUGGUUUCAGCUGCAAAAGAUAAAGACAGGCCUAGUAAUAAACAUGAUUCUAAAGACCGCCAUCAUCAACAACUACCCCAUCAUCACUCCCAUCAACCCCAGCUCCACCCACAACAUCCAGCCACUAUGGAAGAGAUGAACAGCAGGGGACACAAAGCCACUCUGCCUAUGGAGUAUAAGGAACAUCCACAGAGCAUGGGAAAGCCCCUUAGUGCCUGUCUACUGAAUGGAAAGAUGCUAAAUGGGGACAAUGGAACAGGGGCAAAAGGCUCCAUGACUGCUUGCGGUGGGGAUGGGGUGGGUAGAGGUAAUGCAGGGUCCAAUAAUGUCCAAAACAGACACGUUGGUGGUGGCACUAACGGGCGUUGUGGUAAAGAGGUGAUAAGUGGGGAGAUGCGGAUCAGUGAACAGCCUCCUACGGACUGUCUGGAGCGAGGUCAGGCAUUGCAACAUUCUUUGCCCUACUCAGUGCCUCCUCCACUGCCCAUUGCUGCUGGAGGGGGGCAUCCAAGUGGCUUCCACUGUCUGCAGCUCCAUCCUGGCCACCCCCAUCACCCACACCAAAAUCGCCACUCACACCAUCACCAUGACUUUUUUUGCCCUCCACCGCCAGCCCCAAUGGGAAAUUCUUCCUUACAUGAUAAAGGAAUCAAUAGUGGUAGCUGCAGAGACCCCAGAGUGGCUGGAGCCACAUUUAUUCCAUCUGUUAGCCACCUUGGGGAGAAAAAUGGAGGCCCCUUCCAGAUGGGCAACUCUGAGUGCCAGGGGGUUGGAGGCGGAGGGAACAGUGUCAAAGACAAGGCCAUGGAAAAGACUGGCAAUGGGGGGCAUCAUGGUGACUGGCCCAGGAAACAACAGCAUCAAACUCCGACGCAGCAGCAGCAUCCCUACAGAAAAGCUGAAAAAGCUCCUGACUGGAUACACAACCACAACCAUCACCAUCACCUACAGCAACAACAGCAACAACAACAACAGCAGCAGCAAAGCCAUUCCCAGCAGCACCAGACUGUGCGCUCCCGCAGUGCUGACUGCAUCAACAGCAUGGAAACAGACAUGUUCAGAUCUACACUGACUCAAGAAACCAAGACUGUUCAUCCUCUACCCAACCAAACUAACACCAAUUCCCAGCCCUACAGAGACUGCUCACACUCCGGGCCUCCAACCAUUCCCUCACCUCUUGCUGGAAAGGCCAUGACCCAGAACACAGGCGGAGGUGGACAUGGUAGCUGCUCUAUGCAGCGAGAUGGACAGAAGGUUGCCCGCAUUCGCCACCAACAGCACAGUAGGGCUGGCCCUGAUACCACUGGCACAGACAUGGCCCAGGCAAACGGGAACCAGGUGAUGAAGCGGAAGAUGGAAAUGUCUUACGGUUACAACAACAAUGUGCAGCAUCAUCCACAUCAGCAGACAUCAGUGCCACCUUGGACCAUGCAACCUCAUCACAUCCACUCUGAAGAGAACCAGCACAAAGCUUACAUGGAACCUAAUAAUGGAACUGCCAACAAUAGACCGCCCACACAACAGCAGCACCAGACGGCAGGAAUGGGUCCUCCUCCUCCUCCACCCCUUCAUCCAGCUCCUCCUCAAACCCAGCAGGAGGUCACAAGCUCACAGGGAGAGAACAGUGCCAUGAAGAAUCUUCUGAAGUACAGCAACCAGCAGCCUCUCCUCCUGUCCCAAAAAAGCCCAUUUGGUGGGCUUGGGAACCUCAAAACUGCAGCUAAUGGCACCAGCUGCUCUAUACAGGGAGGCAAGCAGACCCUACCCUCCAGGAAAGGCCAAAGCCAUGAAAGUGAGCGAGCUGAUUAUGGUGGACGUGGCCGAGAGAUAGGAGAUGCCCCAAAUGUAGAGGGGGAGGUGCGACAGCCUCCGGUAGGAAUUGCAGUUGCUGUGGCAAGACAGAGAGAACCUCCAUGCCAAGCAUCAGGCAGCCAUCUCAGCAGCCGACAGGGGCGGGUGCACUCCACCAUGAAAGGCACUCCACGCUCCAUAUAUCCAUCAGAUUCAACUGGAGAAGAGGAGAGGAAAAGAAUGAGCGUAGAGCACAUGGGGCACCGGUGCCUAGAGAGAGAACGAGACGUGUAUAUCAGGGAUAACAAGGAAAGGAUGGAAUUUGCACACAUUCAUCCCUCAAACAGUUGUCAUGGUGACCUCACCUCUCACAUCAUGGUGCCAGGUGGCACUUCCAUGCAGUCGAGCCAAUUAGGAGACCCAGCUGCACACACACACUCUGCUCACCACCACUGGAUGCAACGAACAGGAAGUCCCUCCCUAUGGAUGACAGGUCACUCCUACGGUAUUGGCCACACAGCUCUGCAUCAGAAUCUCCCUCCUGGGUUUUCUACAGCCAUGCCUGCCCCUCUUCAGCCAGUUUUACCCCUGCCCCAGGACCCCUCCACCCAACUGGUGGUGCUGCCCAGUGAGCCUGCCACACACCCAGCUACUCACCUUGAUGUAAUGGAGCAGCCUGGACUGUGGCCCCCAGUCUACCGGGCACGAGGGGCCCACUCCCACAUUCAGCAUCCUGCUGUGUAUCCUCGCUCGCAGUUUCUACGGCAACAAGAGCUUUAUGCUCUCCAGCAACACCAGCAGCUGCAGCAUCAGCAACACCCCAGCCAUCACACACCACCACCUCCAUCACACAGAGUAGCAAACAACUUAGAGCUUCAGCAGAGAGCCACAGCUGACCACAGCCAGGUGCAAAAGAAGCCAGAAGAAGAGAGCAUGGAGCUAGAAGACAUUUUGUCUGACCCCAGGACUUCCAAACCUGAUAAGUGCUAUGCCUACGGCCCAUCCAACCGGGCCUCCUCACCUUCCAGGCGCUCCGCUGCCCACUUGUCGCCCUGCUGCCAGUCCCCUUGUAUGCGGCCUCAUCCUAAAAGCACACCCUCUACUCCCUGCCCAGCACCAAGUCCAGUAGCCGUGACACCCCGCUCACCAGCCAUCAGCCCUUCUCCAUCACAGAUGCCCAAAACUGUUGAGUCCCAGGAAAAGAGAGUGGAAGGGCAGCCACCACAAGACUACCCCCAAUCCAUGGAGCCUGAUCUGCCACCUGGAUAUACCUAUUCAGAAAUCAACAUGGGAUAUAGGAAUACCCCCACCACUCAAGACGUACAGCUGGCAGAGCCUGCUGAUCUGGAAGCUGUUCAGACUGAACCUGUUGAGCACCCUCCUCCAGCUCUCUCCAGUUUGGGAGAGGGCCUAGAAUGUCAUGCAAUGGUGAAGCCACUCAGAGAACCACAAAAGCCACCAAUGGAUGUUGGUGCUACUAGUCUAGUUGAAGAACAGCCUGAGGGUGUGUUUGUGCAAGGGCAGGAUGUCGAGACGGUCAUGACCAUGGGCUGCCGUGAACCCAUAGUGGACAAUCAGGACAAUGCUGAGAUCAUUUGCACACCUGCUGAAGUUUCAGGCUGUGACAUGGAACAGGUAACUACCCUAUCAUCCGAGGAAGAAAUCCAUCAAGAAGAACCAAUUGUUACCAUUGAGGAAGAAGUGGGUGAAGAUAUACCUCCUCAAGAGAGUGAAGACAUUGACACACUGAAGGAUCCGAUUUCAAUUCCACAACCAUGUGUCUCUAAUAGUUCACUCAACCAGCUGCCAAACACCUCUGCCAAAGCAGAUGUUGCAGUGGUUGCUGAGGAAGAUGAAACGAAAAACUUUGUGAAGGUUGCUCCUCCAACAACGAAUAGCUGCUCCCAGACUCUCACAACGAGUUACUGGAGUUUGGAGCUCCUGAUUGCAGCAGCCUUCUGUGGGGACUGUCCUCCUCCCUCUCCACCUUCCCCUCACCAAUCCCAGAAAUACUGUGGCCCACUCAACUCCACCUAUCAUGGCAUGGAAUUGCUGAGUGAGCUGGCUGAUCUGGAACUGCAACGGUAUCAACAAAGUUGUGGUAAAACUCAAGAAGAAGAUCAAUGGAUGUUUGACCUACAGAGCCUUGCUACUUUGGCAGCGGCUCGUGCCCUUGAAUUGGGCCCUCAGGAGAACAGCACAACAGAUGCUGAGAAGCAGUUUCCUGUUCGAAGAACCCUCAACUUGCGCAGAAAAUGCAGCUGGACGCCUCGCCAUGAGCCGGUUUGCCCAGCGAAAGGUACCAUGGACAGUAUGGAUGGGCAGGAGUUAGCGAUGCGAGUGAGGCUUGCAGAGCUGCAACAGCGUUACAAAGAGAAGCAGAAAGAACUGGCCAAACUCCAGAGGAAGCACGAUCACCAGAAAGAGGAGACUCCUCGCAGUCCAGCACGUCGUGGCCCUGGUCGACCACGCAAACGCAAAUCAGUCCCUGGUCUUGGCUCCGGGGCCCUUAAUGAACCCCAGAAAAAAGUCAAGUUGGUGGGGGCGGGGCUAAGCCCACUAGCAGAGGAGCAACGGGGAGGUGGAGAAUCGCAGAAGAAAAAGAAAAAAUUGUCCAGUCGAGGAAUUGGCCGCAUUAACACUACACAGAUGAAGCAGCAGUGUUAUCGGAAGAACAGCACCCUUGAUCAACAAAUAACUCAAAUCAAGCAGAAGGUCCCAGGUGGACGACAUUCCUCUGGAGCUCCGUCAAGAGACCCAGAGUUUUCCUCAGCAUCAAAGAACCUGUACUCUGGCCAUAGUAACUUCAAAAGAGACUCCACACAGCUCAGCACAGCCAAUGAAUCUGAGAGCCUGAGCGAUACAGCUACUAGUGGGGACAGCGGGGCACAGGAGUGCUGGAAGAGGCACAAUCCUGUGGCAGUUAAAACAGAAAGGAAGAAAAGUCCUGGAUCAGCAGCUUGUUUACAGCAGCCAGGGGCAAGGACCCCGCAGGGCAGGGGACAAGAAGUGGAUGAGGACGUGGAGACAUCCCCACCUGGGAGCGAGUCCUCUGAACAUGAGGAAGAUGGAGAGGAAGGCAGUUAUGGCAGUGAGGAAGGCCAAGACCUCAAAGCACCGACGUUCAGAGAUCUGCCGUUUAGUCCGGCCAUUACAGGCCCCUCCACUUUUUCUGUUGUCAAACUGGAAGCCAAUCAGAAGGCCAAAAUUAAGCGGGAACGACAAGAACUCCAUGGAUCUCAGUUUCGGGCCGUAACAGAUGGGGACGUGAAGGUAAAACGGCGACCUCCCUGUAGAUCCAUCCCCAUCACUGUCUCCAAACCACCAGGAGUCAGAAGGCGACCAGGCAGGCCAACACUGCAGGAUAAACGCUGGCCUGGGAUCACAGGCAGGCCGGUUCAUUACAGAAAGAACAGCAGUCUUCUCUCAUUUCCCAGCAGCAGCAACAGCGAGAGGCUAAAGAGAGCCACUCGGAAGAGCUCCAUGCUGAGAGCCACGAGGAGAAAUUACUGGUCGACCGAGGCCCAGUCCCAAGACAGUGAUGAUAACGGCAGAACGCGGAGAACCAGACUUCGAGAGUCUAAAGGUCGAGCAGUCAGCCGUCUGAUGGAGAGUUUUGCAGCAGAUGAGGGCUUCCACUUGGGUGAGGACAGUAGCUUCUCAGAGGAGGAUGAGAGGAAGGUGUCAUCACAUAGCAGAAGUGCUCCAGCUCCUCCAAACUGUGUUCUGACCAAAGAGCUCCUGACAGAUGGACUCAAAGUUCUGAUCUCCAAAGAUGAUGAACUACUGUAUGCUGCUCGUGUGCAACCCCUGGAGUCGCCCGAUGUCUACAGUAUUGUUAUCGACGGCGAGAGAGGAAACCGACCCAGAAUCUACUCCCUGGAGCAACUCUUGCAGGAAGCUGUACUGGAUGUACGCCCUGACACGGAGGCUGUGCUAAAAGAAGGGACUAGAGUGUGUGCUUACUGGAGUGAGCGCUCACGUUGUCUUUACCCGGGAUAUGUGCGAAGGGGAGGCAGUGAAUCUAAACCUGGUGGGGUUAUGGUGGAGUUUGAUGAUGGCGAUAGAGGGUGGAUCUCUCUCUCCAAUAUUCGCUUUCUUCCUCCGGGUUACCAAGUCCAAUGUGCUGAUUUGAGUCCUUUACUCAACUCGGAGGGGCAGCUUGACAAAAAUAGCUCCAUGCAAGAAAGCAAGACUCUGAGUGAAAGGACAGCAAGAACAGACAGAUUCAAAGCUCAGGAGAAGCCUGUCAGAAGACCAGGGAGGCCUAAAGGUUCAGGGAUAAAGAAGUCUCUCUCGGACGGUGUAGCCAAGAGCUCAGCACCUGUUGUGACAUGGCCAUCGGUGGCUGCCCCCAGGAAGAGAAUACCUCUUAACUUUUUUCAGCUCAAUGGCUCGGCAUCGAAGAAGGCCUCGAAAGGCAGGGUGGCGGAAACAUCUUCUCGACCUUCAGUCUCCAUGACGACACCAACCAAAGGCCUCUUUAGCAGUAGCUCCUUUGAGGUCGACUCCUUCAGCAGCAUAGCUAACGGUUAUUCAUCCUUUGGCAGCCAGACAUCUGGGAUUUCACUGGAGGGCAAGAACAGUUCUUACGGUCAAAAGAAGAGGACUGGGGAGCCAGCACCAUCUCGGGGCAAGAAAGCUGAAUUUCUAAUCAAAUUGGACCAUGAAGGAGUAACAUCUCCAAAGACUAAAAACAGCAAGGCUCUCCUGUUGCUGGGAGCCUCAGGAUUUGGCUCCAAUGGGGUGAGUGGUUUGCCCAGGGCAGAGGCUUACUCACACCCAGUUCUGCUGGUCAAGGACAACAAAAAAGGAGAUGGCUCACGAGCAGAGCUCCGACUGAAAGGAACAGGAGUCCAGAGGAAGCCCUCACCAUCAUUGCGCAUAAGUGAGUAUGGCGACUUGACCCUUGGCUGCCACAGGGACUGCCACAGCUCUUACUCAGACAUGGAUGAGGAAGAGGAAGAAGUGGAAAGGAGGACAGGCCGUGCUGCACUUGCUUCUGCCUCUGGAGGUUUGAGAACAGCUGGCCAUUUUCUCUCGCGCAUCUCAGUCUCCUCGUCUUCCUCCGGUUCGUCCAGCUCUUCCAGCUCAGGCUCUCUCUCGAGUUCCAGUCUGUGCUCUUCUGAAAAUGACUCGUCUUACAGCUCAGAGGAUGAGGAAAGCUGUUUGACCCCGCACCAUUCUUUGCUCCAGACCCCUGAAGCCCCUGUGGGACCCCCACGGCACUCCUUUGUGGCCAAAGCUGUGGCAGUGUCCAGUGCCAAAGGGCAUGGCAACCACAGUACCAACAGCAAGCCACAGAAGAGAAAAGAGUAUCCCAGUUCACUCUCCAAAACCCCUAAAGAUCUGGUUAAGAGGCAACGUCUUCUAGCAGACCAGACCAAACCCAUCCUGCCAUCUAGACAGCUGUGGAGGUGGUCCGGAAACCCCACGCAACGCCGUGGACUUAAGGGAAAGGCCCGGAAGCUUUUCUACAAGGCUAUAGUGCGUGGCAAGGACUUGGUGCAGGUAGGAGACUGUGCUGUGUUCCUUUCGACGGGGCAGCCUCAUCUGCCGCUAAUCGGCCGCAUUGAGAGUUUCUGGGAGUCAUGGCAGAGCAGCAUGGUCGUGAAGGUCCAGUGGUUCUACCACCCUGAAGAGACCAAUCUAGGCAAGAGACAUCAUGAUGGCAAGCAUGCUCUGUACCAGUCAUGCCAUGAGGAUGAAAACGACGUCCAGACAAUCUCUCAUAAGUGUCAGGUGGUCACAAGUGAGGAAUACGAGCGAUUGACCCGCAACAGGAAGUCUAACGGGAGCUAUCAUGACCUGUACUACCUGGCCGGCACUUACGACCCCACCAGUGGCCAGCUGCUCACUGCAGACGGGAUGUCCUUACUCUGUUAGCACUGGACUUGCAUGACUGCGUAUACUACUGAGUUUUUUUUGGUCCAAGUCAGAGAUGUUGCACUGCAAAUAAGAGGCUGGACUUUCUGCCAAAGGACCAGGAAGUAGACUGCCGCCCUCAUACCCAUAAACUCAGUCUACUCUGGGGAGAUAUGUGCGAGCUCCUCCUAGCGAUACCUUAGAGUGUAGUAGAUGCAGUUUGUCCAUGGUCCUAAUUCUCUUCUGAGGUUUUCUAAUGGACGUAUUGUGGCUCUAAUUUUGUAUGAACUGUUACCUGAUCUUAGACCACCAAAGCAAAACUCUUGGUUUGGAGAGCAUGGCGGAUGUCUAUGAAGACUUGAGCCAUGUUGUAGGCAGUGGCAGUGUGGGGCGCUCUCCGCACGUCACUUUCAUGAUUCCAGGGAUAUUUAAGUACAUAUAGAUCUAAAUAUAUGUUAAGUUCAUUUAUGUAUAAAUAGGGAAGUAUUACCUUUCAAGCCAUACACUUCAGUACCUCUUAAUGUGUAUUUUUUCUUCAGGUGUACAUUGUACAGGACAGGUUGCUGGUGUUUUCUUUGUUGUUGUCUAUAUGUAAAUAUUCGAAGCUAUUUUAUAUAAGUGUAAUGUACAGAGGCUUAUCUUAUCAUGUUCUGAUUGAUUUAUUUUUGUAUUAGUGGGUGAUAUAGAAGUUGUUGUUUUCUGUGAGAGGGUGGACUGAUGAUGUAUGCAUUGCACUGCACACGGCCUGCUGAUACAAUGAGAGCGGAGUCAUCCCUGCCCUGCUUUCUCUUUCAGGGAGAUGGGUUACACAGGGCACCAUCCUUUAUAUUGGCUGCACUUUGGGCAUUUGUUCCUCUAAUGUCUUCAUUUUUUUGUUGGUUAUAUUAGCAGACUUAAAACACUUUAAUGUUAAAACAAAGGGAAAUAAAUAUUGACUCCUUAAGUAGUUCCACAAAUUUGAAAUCCAUUGGCUACAUUUAAUUGGUUAUUUAAAUGAAUGGUGAUUUUAAAUGAAUGAUUCUCAUAAAAUAUGUCCAGUUCUUAUUAUAUAAAAUCAGGAAGAAAUCACAAAGUCUGAUUUAAGGACUGUUUGAACUGACACAUAGUAACAUUAAAGGGGUCAUAUGAUACCAUUUUAAGUUUCCCCUUCUAUUUGGAGUGUUACAAGCUGUGCGUGUAUAAAUAAGAUCCCAAAAUUUGAAAAGACUAAAGUCUCAAACCCAAAGAGAUAUGCUUAAUAAUAAAAGUUAAGUCUCUUCCUCGCCCUCCUAAAAAGUCUUGUUUUAACGUGCCCACACAUGUCUACGUGACUAUGUGGGAAGAUUUGCAUAACGCCGUCCGAACAUUCACGCAAAGAAAGAAGACGUAAUUUUGAUUCUCGCUGUUGUGGAGACGCUGUUUCUUGUGAAAAUACUUUGUUUGGCCUUCCAAAAGAGGACACGACUAGAAAUUAGUGGUUAAGUUGUAUUUACAACACUGUUCCAGAACAAUUUAACCCAAAUAUUAUGUUUUAUUGUUUUUGUCUUGUGACGGUGUUCUAACCAGGACACGCAUCACAGUAUGUUAAGCGAUUGAACAUUUUCGUCACACGCUUGAGGUAUUCAGCCAAUCACAAUGCACUGGACAGCUGGCCAAUCAGAGCAUACCUUGCUUUUCAGAGCGAUGAACUAUGUAAAAAAUGGCGUGCUACUGAAGGGCAGGGCAUAGAGGAGCGACAGUAGUGUACACUAUGUGGAAAAUAAUGUGUUAUUGGAACCUUAAACCACAUAAACACAUUUCUUUACACUAAAUACACCAAAUAAUAUUCUUUUUACCAAUGCCAUAUGACCCCUUUAAGCAUAAUGUCAUUCUCCGUACCAUAAUACAGUAAUGAAAAUCAGAAGGUCUGUCUGGACACAAUGAUUUUUUGUUCUUGACCCAAUUUGUGAGAUUCACCUUAAAUACUGGUAUAUAAUACUAGAAGGACACGGAAAAGUGUUAUUACUGUAUCUGAUGCAUUUUAUUAUUUUUUUUUUUAUUUUUUUUCAAAUGCAUCCUGCACUGUAUUUACAUAUUUCUUCACUUUUCAACAACGUUUUUACUGCAUUUCUAAAGUUAGCACCCAUCAAAACGAGUAUUUCUGUUAAUGGUGAAAUUCACCUGAUUCUAGUAUCCCAGGGUCAGAAAAGAAAGGGAUUGUUAGAGCACUAGGCACAGCUGGAGUUCAUAGAGAAGUUGGCUUACAGUCAGACUGUACUCCACGCACUCAUUGUUCAGUGUGAGGGACAAUCGCAUUCAUGUAUGAAGGAGCAUCCACUGUUUAAAAGGCUCACUCAAUCAUAGCCAAAAAUAGUCAUUUAUGUUUAUGCAAUCUUCACUGUAUUGAACAAAGUAUUAUUAUUAUUUUUAGAUAUUGUUUUAUCAUUAGUGUGUAUUUAUUGCCAGUGUUACUGUUUCAUUACCAAACCAAUAGAUCAUGAUGAAGAUGUCUUAUUUUGUCCCAAAAGUGUUUUACUAACGUGCAUACGGCUUGAGCUAAAGUCAAACCUUCACCUCUUGCCACCCCAUUAAAAACAGCUUCAACCCUGCAGGGGAAGUGACGUUGCUCACUGACCAUUCACCCCCAUCCUUUCAGAUAUACAAAUGUACUUCUAGAGUCUCCCCAAUGCCACAUUUGACCUUGUAAUUUGCUUAUUGCAGGGAGCCUGGAAGAAAAGCAUGUGUGUGGAUAUGUGUCUGGAGUAGCACACUUUUCUUACUUCUGGAGUAUAUAGUAUGUAUAUUCUGUGUGUAUAGAAUCACCUACUACAUUGCCAAAAUGUGCAGUAUACAUAAAGCAUGGAAUUCUGUCUCCCACAAUGCAAUGCGCUCAACCUGACCUUACAUUUUCAGUGUGACUUACGAACAAGUAUCAUCUGACUAAUUAUUUGAUCAAAAUGCCAAAUGUGAAUUACACAAAAAAUUGGACUUUUAUUUUUUAUGAUUUUUACAAACUUGGCAGUAAACAGCAAAAACAGCACAUCGUUCAUACUCUACUCAAGUCAUACACUACUCUUCCAUUUUGAGCAUAGCCUGUACUUAUGACUUGUUCCCCAUUAAUAAAAGUCAUUGUAUUUCCAGUAUGAUUGAAAUGUAGGAUGUUAGGAUCUGUUAGAUCCUCAUGUCAUCAGAGCUAGGUUUAUAUAAAAGGUCUAAGUGUGUGGGUACGUGUGCCUUUUUGUAAUCUGCCUUUACGUUUGACUGUUUUGACAAAAGAGGGCACUGGAUAGAGUUGUGAAUGUACUUAGCAUACGUUAAGCAUGCAUAUUAUCAGAGGACCUGUCUGUAUGUCACAGCUCUAGUGGUUACACACAGAUUCAGAGCUGCCAUUGGUUACAGUCUCCUUUUAUAUCAGGGGAGAAACUUAAUUUCUGUUCCCAAAUGAAGGUCAAAGGUGUUUUGUUGCGGAGGGAACAAGGGUAUUCAGGUCAGCACGUCUGAUAUGUUACAAGAGCAGGUCACUUGUUCAUGGCGAAGGUGCAAUACUACUUUGGCUAACUAUUUGAACGGCACUCAGCAUUUCUAAGCUUUUUUUGCAAAGGCUGGUGGGUAACAGGAAGUGAUGAGGAGGACGCAGGAACGUCUGUCCUAUUAAACAGAUUUCUUUAAACGCCGCAAGGCAUGUACUUAAUAUUCCGCUUGUCCAAGAAUCUCUGAUUAACGAGAUGUUAUAACUUUGUUGAAUGAAAAAUGAUGUAUAUCUUUAUAUGUUUAUCAUGUUCCAGUAUAUAUAUAUUUUUUCUCUCUUUGCUUCGAAACAUUGUAAAGAUUGUACAUGUGUAAAGUAAGGUUUGAUUUUGGGGUAAAUGUUUUACUAAAAAAAAAAACAAAGGCAAAAAACUUUAUGAGUAUCAACUGUAAACGUGGUUUAGUAUUAAACAUUUUUAUAGAGGGCUUAUGAAUAAAUAUCACAUAAAAAAAAAAAAAA